AUGGGUGAAAGUUCAGAAAGAAGGUGCUGUCAAUUCGAGCCAGGGGAAAUAAUGCUUGGUGGAGAUGGAGAUCAUAUCCCUAUAUCAAUGUCUGAGACGGUAGAAGAGCUGCUGAAGUGGCUGGAUGAUGAAGAGGUGAGGAGGAUUGGCAUAUGGGGAAUGGCAGGAGUAGGAAAAACCCGUAUCUUAAUGCACCUGAAUGACAAAGCAUACCAACUGGGUAAACUCAAUCCCAUUAUAUGGGUGAAAGUUCAGAAAGAAGGUGCUGUCAAGAACAUUCAAUCAGAUAUUUUGGCAAGGUUAAAGCUAGAGGUUCAACACAUGGACAGGACAGCACAUGUUGCACACAAAAUAUCCAUGGCCCUGGAGAAACUUGACUAUUUAUUGCUUCUCGAUCAAUGUCCUGGAGAUAUUGAUCUCAAUGAAGUGGGAAUUCAUCACAAGCACAAGGGAAAGGUAAUUGUUGCAUCCCGUGACAAACCUGACUGUGCUGCAAUGGAUAUUCAUAGAGUAUUCAAAGUGAGCAAGUUGUCUGAUGGUGAUGCAGAGGAAUUGUUCAAGGAAACUGUGGGUGACAUUGCAGAUCAUCCGCACUUUAAAGGAAUAAAAGAGCAAAUACUCAAACAACUAGGUGGUCUCCCACUUGCAAUCAAAACUAUUGCCAGAAGUUUAAAAGAUCAGCCGGAGGCCAUUUGGUAUGAUACAUUGACGGACUUGCAAUCUCCGAAGAACUUUGGUGAUCAAUUUGAGGAACUCAUCAAGGCUUUUGAGUUCUCUUACAAGAAUCUACGUGGGAAUGAUUACAGGAAGUGCUUACUUUACGGGGCAUUAUUUCCACCAGAUUAUGAAAUUGACAAGGAUUACUUAACCGAAUGUUGGAUAUCUGAGCAAUUUAUUUCUGCCACUGAGCUACCUGGAGCAGACACUAAUGUCCAACAAUUAAGGCUAUUUCGAGACAGAGGACACAAAAUCCUGCAAGCACUUACAAAAGCUUGUCUAUUUGAGUGGUGUUCCAGGUCAAAUUUUCUCACCAUGCCUACUCCUUUUAGGAAGAUUGCACUGACAUUUACCUACCCACAAUAA